AUGCUUUCCCAUGAUGCUUUUGCCGAAAGGUCCCUCAAAAGACACAAGUCUGUGUGUACCCCUCCACUUUCAAGGGCGUCGUCUGUCAAGCAUUUUUCUCGUAGGAGAGAUCGGUCUCCGUCGUACCCACUGUACUUAAGCGAUCUGGAUGUGUCGUUUUCAUCGUCUGACCUCGAAUCACUUCCUGAUCUUUCUGACGAUACCACCGCUGAAUCUUCACCCAUAGUGGAGAGAACGUGUGUUUUGUUUCCUCCUCUUCAAAACUACUUCGAAGAGCCCGUGAAAACAGCCACACCUCCUCCUCAUCCAUCGAUAUUCGACAUACCUGAAAUUGUUCAUAAAAUUGUGGAAUUUGCACAUCUUCAAAACCCCGUGGUGCCCCACGAGGUGGCCCCCAUCCGCCGACGUCCGCUUUCGUUCGACCACGCAAUGUUGAUAUAUGGCGACAAAGAAAGAGCUUCGAAAGCUCUCCAGGAUCCCGCACCUCUUCACCCAUCUAGAUCCAACAUCUUGUACACCUGCUUGCAAAUCAAUAGACUUUUCCAUCACGCCGCUACCGAGAUUCUCCACAAGAAAUUGUGCUUCAAUGACCCCCGGAAAUUCCAUAAUUUUCUGCAAAGCAUUUCGCCUGGCGCUGUGCUCAGACCAACAGAACUUGUACUCCACAAAAUGUUCCAUAUGAAGCAACCAGCUCUCGACCGGCUUCUUCACAUCUCGGAAUUUUCAGGCUUGGAACGCCUAGAGCUCUUUAUGUGUCCCAAGAUCAACGCUUCUCCUGACUUUUUUGGUGAAAAAUUGAAGUCUCUAGUGAUAACUGGCUCCAAAACUGCCGAUGAUGAAUUGAUGCAAAUUACAGCUAAAAAGUGUCCCAAUCUUGAAUUAUUGGAUAUCAGAGCCUCUGAACUCAUUACGGAUGCUGGAAUAUACUACAUUGCUACAAACUGCAAAAAACUCACCACAAUCAACGUUGGCCGCAAAAAUAAGGGCCACCUUAUAACCGAUGCCAGUAUGAGUCUCUUGGCCAAAAACAACCCCAACCUCUCGACCGUCGGCGUUGCCGGGUGCAAUGUGUCUGACAGGUUUGUAUGGGACUUGGCUCUUAAUUGCAGUGACCACAUGGAACGUCUUUCGCUCAACAACUGCCGCUACAUAUCCAACCAGUCCAUUCCAUUAAUCCUCUACAGCGACUACUUUCCACAACUUUCGGUGCUCGAACUCAUGAAUGCCGACCGGAUUACUAAUUUCAGACCCAUCAUCGAGUUCAAGAGAAGACAAGAAAUGAAAGGAAUUUCCAUGCUUCUUGAAGUGUGUGAACCGCUCUGCCGCAAAAUGCGCCAGCAGGAAAUCGAAAUGGAUCGCACAAUUUCACAAAGAAUUUUCAAGAACAUCACGGAAUGGGCAAACAGCGAAAACGACGGCGACAAACCAUACCGAGAACUUAUUGCAUCAACCAUUAAUAGGUCUUAA